AUGGUUUCACUUUCACGCCACAAGAUAUUGGAUAUGGAGAAAUCUGUAACCCAACUGGUCGAUUUGACGAAAUCAAUGAAAGAGGGCCAUCGUCAAGAUAAGCUCGAGGAGAUGGAGAAGUCUCUAACCCAACUGGUCGAGGACCUUCGCUUACUACUCGCCAGUACAGCCAACCCUAGUAAACCCGAAACGACGACGAUUCCAAAUUCCACUGUGCAUGAGGCCGUUAAUCCUUAUCCGAGAUUUAUGGAACGAUUCUUUAAAAGAAAAUUAUCUACGGAUAGUUCUUCUCUGUCUAAUCCGGGUAGUUCAAAUGCAAGACCAAUUGAAGUAGAUGAGAUCUUAGCUAAUCUUCAAGCAGACCCUGGACUAAGAACUCGAAUGGCGGAUUAUAGUCCUAAUAUUCGGGAUGAGAUCCGAAGAGCAUAUCUACAAAAGGGACCUUGUCAACCUAGAAGUUAUAAAUUCCCACAAACUAAUCAAUCAGGAAUUAAUAGACGCUUCAUUGCUCAUUGGUUUGAUGAUCAUGAUUGGUUGGAAUAUAGUAUUGCUAAAGAUGCUGCGUUUUGUCUUCAUUGUUAUCUCUUCAAAUCUAAUUUUGAUCAAGUGGGUGGUGAUGCAUUCAUUGGGGUAGGCUUCAAUAAUUGGAAGAAGGCGAAAGAAAGAUUUAACCUUCAUGUUGGACCGGUUGGUAGUGUUCACAACCAAGCUAGAGAAGUUGCUUACAAUUUGAUGCAUCAAACUACACACAUUGAAACAAUUGUGAUCAAGCAAACAAGCCAAGCUCGCACGGCUUAUCGCACUUGCUUGAAUGCAUCACUUAAGUGCACUAGGUAUUUGUUGCGGCAAGGGCUUUCUUUUCGUGGUCAUGAUGAAAGUGCACAAUCAAGUAAUAAAGGGAAUUAUUUAGAGCUCUUGCAAUUUCUUGCGGAUCAUGAUGAAAAAGUUAAGGCCGUUGUGUUGGAAAAUGCUCCGGAAAAUUUAAAGUUAAUAGCUCCUUCAAUUCAAAAAGAUCUUGUCAAUUCUUGUGCUAAAGAAACCAUUGAUCUUAUCUUGAGUGAUGUAAAAGAUAGAUAUUUUUCAAUAAUGGUGGAUGAAGCACGUGAUGUUUCAAUAAAGGAGCAAAUGGCGAUGGGGUUGCGUUAUGUGAAUGACAAAGGACAAAUAAUUGAAAGGUUUGUGGGGGUUCAACAUGUAACCGACACUACUUCAAGUGCACUAAAGGAAGCAAUUGAUGAAUUCUUUUCUUCCGUGAAUUUGAGCUUUUCCAAGCUACGAGGACAAGGUUAUGAUGGAGCUAGUAAUAUGAGAGCUCUUGUUGCGGUAGCAAAGAAAAACAUUGAUGUCAACUUUUUUUUCACAACGGCUAAUAGUUUGGUUAAUGUUGUUGGAGCAUCUUGUAAGCGUCGCGAUGCACUUAGAGCACAAUACCAAGAAGAGCUUGUGAGAGCUUUUGAAGAUGAUUGUCUUAUAACAGGGCGGGGCUUAAAUCAAGAAAGGACUCUCAAACGUGCCGGCGAUACACGAUGGAACUCACAUUAUGGUACGUUGAUUAGUAUCAUUUCUAUGUUCCCAUCUAUGGUGAAUGUGCUUCAAAUGAUUGUUGAUGAUAAUCCUAAUGAUAGUUCGGGUGAAGCCUAUAAGUUAUGGAGAGAAAUACAAUCUUUUGAGUUUGUGUUUCACUUAUUUGUAAUGAAAGCUAUAUUGGGAAUAACAAACACUUUGUCUCUAGCAUUGCAAAAGAAAGAUCAAGACAUUGUGAGUGCAAUGAAUUUAGUGAAAACAUGCAAGGAAAACCUGCAGUUGAUGAGGGAUAAUGAGUUUGAAGAAUUGGUUGAGCAAGCAUCCUCGUUUUGUUACAAACAUGAUAUUAUAGUUCCUACCAUGGAUGAGGAAUAUGUAAUUCCAGGGAGAUCACGGCGUAAUGCUCCAAUGAAGACAAAUUAUCAUCGUUAUCGUGUGGAGAUCUUUAUUCAUGUAAUUGAUGGGCAACUUGCGGAGUUAAAUGAUCGCUUCAACGAGGUAAGUACUGAGUUACUUACUUGUUUGGCAUGCUUGAGUCCAAAAAAUAACUUUGUGGCUUUUGACAAACGAAAGCUAGUUCGUCUUGCUCAAUUUUAUCCUUAUGAUUUUUCGGAUAGAGACUUAUUGAUGCUUGAAGAUCAACUUGGUGUUUAUGUUCAUCAUAUGCGUUCGAGUAGUGAUUUUUCUCAAUUGGAAGGGAUUAGUAGUCUUGCGGAAAAAAUGGUGGAGAAAGGAAUGCAUGAAAUAUUUCCUUUUGUGUAUUUGCUUCUUACAUUGGCUUUGGUUUUACCGGUUGCAACUGCAUCAGUGGAGAGGGCAUUUUCCGCUAUGAAUAUUAUUAAAAAUCCACUUCGCAACAGAAUGGGAGAUCAAUGGUUGAAUGAUAGCUUGAUUGUUUACAUUGAGAGAGAUGUUUUCGCUUGUAUUGAUAACGAAAUUAUAAUGCAACAAAAAUUUCAGAACUUUUACACUAAGCCCCCUUGGCUACAUAAUCCUGGAUCCGCCACUGUUCAUGUAUCUUGUGUUUUCAUGAAGAAGCCAACCAGGAAUAGCGGGCAGGAAGGAGGAAGUAGCCCCCAUGUAGCAUGA